AUGACAGCUGCAUAUGCAUUUACAGAUUACCGGGCCCAAGGUCAAACAAUACCGAGCGUGUUAGUGGAUAUAGGAAAGCCCCCAACAGGCACGCUCAGUUUGUUCAAUCUAUAUGUUGCGUUAUCCCGAAAGCUUCUUGCAGAAGAUGAUAGGUUGGAGAGACUCAAUGAACAGACAGCACGGUGGUGGAAGAAAAUGAAGGAUACAUUAGAAUAG